AUAUUUUAUCGGUAGUAUAUAUAAGCGGAGAGCAUAGUAUCGUCGGUAGUGUUAUUUACCGGUAUCUGGCAAGCAGUGGUGAUAUCCACCGAUCCAUCUCCAACAAGUGUACUUGCAAUUACUCUACCCAGAUCCACACGCCUGGAAUGGGAGGCCCUGAUUCAACUACACUGGACAAAUCCGGCAAGAUCUUCGUCGCCGGCCACCGUGGACUAGUCGGAUCCGCCGUGGUUCGCAAACUCCAAAACUUGGGUUUUACUAAUCUAAUCCUCAAAACUCACUCGGAGCUGGAUCUCACUCGCCAAAACGACGUCGAAUCGUUCUUUUCCGCCGCCAAACCACAGUAUGUGAUUUUAGCAGCUGCGAAAGUCGGUGGCAUUCAUGCUAACAACACUUACCCUGCUGAUUUUAUUGCGAUUAAUCUUCAAAUUCAGACCAAUGUGAUUGAUUCGGCUUUUAAGAAUGGCGUUAAGAAGAUUAUAUUUUUAGGUUCUUCGUGUAUUUAUCCCAAAUUUGCGCCACAACCUAUAGUGGAAAACGCUUUGUUGACGGGUCCGUUGGAGCCUACUAAUGAGUGGUAUGCCAUUGCCAAGAUUGCGGGAAUUAAGAUGUGUCAGGCUUAUAGGAUUCAGUUUAAUUUUGAUGCUAUUUCUGCAAUGCCCACUAAUUUGUAUGGUCCAAAUGAUAAUUUUCAUCCGGAGAAUUCUCAUGUUUUGCCUGCGUUGAUGAGGCGGUUUCAUGAGGCUAAGGUUAGGGGGGAUAAGGAGGUGGUGGUGUGGGGAACUGGCUCUCCAUUACGGGAGUUUUUGCAUGUUGAUGAUUUGGCUGAUGCAGUUGUGUUUCUGUUGGAUAAGUAUAGUGGAUUGGAGCAUGUGAAUGUGGGGAGUGGGAAGGAGGUGACGAUUAAGGAGCUUGCUGAGUUGGUGAAGGAUGUUGUUGGAUUUAAAGGCGAUCUUGUAUGGGAUAGUUCUAAGCCGGACGGAACCCCAAGGAAGCUUAUGGAUAGCUCGAAGCUUGCUCAGUUGGGCUGGGUGCCCAAGGUUUCACUUCAUGAUGGCCUUGUUGAUACUUAUAAAUGGUACCUGGAAAAUGUCAAGCAAUGAUCCGGAAGGAGGGCUUAUAAUGUUACAUUUGUGUCGGUAUGGUAAUAUUGUUACUCCUGUUAAAUUUUAUGAACUAAAAUAUACAAUUUUGUACUGUAUUGAUUGUCUUAUAUUGACUUUGUUAUCUCGUUUGAAUUAUAAUUUUGUUAAAGUCAACAAUUGCAUA